UAUACAACUCUUUAUGAGCGCUGCAGCCAUUCAAAAUAUAUUGAACUUGAUUCUGCACUGAAGUACUGACAGGGUCGGAGUACACUGAACAAUGUGGAUGGUGGCACACUCUCUCUCUCUCUCUCUCUCUCUCUCUCUCUCUCUCUCUCUCUCUCUCUCUCUCUCUCACACUCACACUCCUACCUGUGGUGUUGUGGAUUUACAGUGUCCUACUAAGCUGUGAUCAGCUUGGAGACAGGAUUACUGUUGGCACAGUGGGCACUUUACCACCAUUUAGAGUCACAAAGACAAACACCCGGUUAGUACACACACAUAGACACACACCGACAGAGAUUAGUACCAACAAACACACCCAUGUACCACGUAUGAACAGUGUUGGACAGCCUUAUAGACUGUAGAUGGCUGAUGGUCUGGUAUCACUUUCUUUGCCAUUAGGCGUUGCUAUGCGGCCAUCUUUGCUCCCGGUGGAGAAGUAAAUACAGUAGAGGAUGUUCAGUGGGUGAGCUACAGGAGCAAAGUGGUGACAGACGAUCAAUAGAGAUCUAAUGAUUAAGAUUUCACACUCUGGGAGAGUUAGAGGAUCUUGCACUCCACAAGAUGACUAACCCCCCCACUCACUCCGGGUGUGUGUGUGUGUGUGUGUGUGUGUGUGUGUGUGUGUGUGUGCGUGUGCGUGUGCGUGAAAUGUGUGUCAACAACACAUCUACCUCCUGCUGUUUUAAUCUCCCACAGCUUCAAUUAUGAUACUAGGAAGCGAUGAGCAUGAGUAUCCCAUUUGGACGUCAGGAUUCGUUCAGCGUGAACUCACGUUAUUCUAAAGAUAUAACGAUGGAUAUGAUGGUGUUCAGUGUUUCAGUUACACGUCACUCGAUGUCAUGUUACAGGCACAUUGGCGACCUGCAGGGAUGUAGCGAUACACUCAACUCAUGAUUCGAUUUGAAGAUAUGAUUUUCUCACGAACAAAAUGAGAUUGAAGACAAAUUGUGACUUUUGUUCGGCUUUAUUUCUCAGAGAAAAAUCUACAAAAUAUAUGUUCUCUUAUACUUUCUUUAUCAAAUUAUAGAAUCCUUUUCUAUUUCUGGUUGGGUAUAAACUGUCCAAAACAAUGCAUAUUUCCUUUUCUUUGUAAAAGUGAAACUGGUGUCUUUGCGCCUUAAUAUCACCAUUCAUUUUUCAUCUCACUGAUUUAAAUCUUCAUAUAUUUGUCUUGCAACUUAACUGUCUUGCAAUAUAUUUUUACAUUCCUUAGGACAAGGCAUACGAGCGAUGUAUUUCGAGAAAAAGGACAAAAUGAACAUGCAUUAAAAUCCAUGUCACAUAAGUACGAGCUAUGCAACAUAACAACAAGCUAUGCUUAUAAUAAAACAACUAGUUUGCUGAGUUACCAUUUGUGCAUUAAGCACAAGGAGAAAACGAGACAGAUAACAGGCGUUUUCUCAUCACCUUAUUUGCUAACAAUCUUAGCACACACUGCUGCCACCGCAGGCUAGCUCAUUACAAAAAUGGUGACUGGAAAUAUUCUUUUAAGUUUUGUGGAAGGAGAAAGCUCCUGCGAGCUGAUGGCGUUUGUUGAGUACAAGCAACCGUUGCAGCAAAUCUCCACAGUCUGUGCAGUGUACAAAGGUAACGUUAUUAUCGUUGUUGUUAUUGUUAUUAUCACUUGCAUGUCCACUUCAAACCCUAUUCUUACAUUCAGUUUUCUUCUUUGCAAGUGCUUGAGUGCUCUAUAAUAAUUGAAUGCGAGUACACAAAUAUGGAAAUUACUUUAUAAUUAAAAGUGUUGUAAACCCACAAAUUCAAAGUGUUUUUUUUAGCUUCUCACAACCUCUAGAACUGCUGAUUGCCUUUUCAGACUUGUACAGUUGGUCCGUUGGAGCGUAAAUCUUCUGACAUUCGGGCAACUGCAUGGCCAGAAUGUCAGAUCUGGUUGAAGCCACAGCCGGAUCAAUCCGACUUAGCUUCUACCAUGUGAAUCCUGGGAAAAAGCUCUGAGAGUGGACUCCCUCCCCACGCCCGGCCAAUGACUGUUUUCCAGGCAUGAUCAAUGGAGAGCAGGAAUCAACACCAGCGGACUUCACUGAGCCUAAGCUGAAAGUCCACUUGGCAGAGACACAAACACAGCACCUCAUUAAACUCGAAACUCCCAUCGCUGCCAUCACACAGCCGAGCCUCAGCGCUGCAGCAGUGAUGGAGAUCUCCAGAGCGUUGAUGUAGGAAGGCUCUAAUUGCUGCAUGGUACCACCAGGCAGCCUAAGGAGGGGGAGGUGCCGGGGGUGGACUACAACUUUGUGAGUGUGGAGCGUUUUAUGGAACUGGAGCAAAGUGGAGCCCUGCUAGAGAGUGGAACCUAUGAAGAUAACUUCUACGGCACACCGAAACCUCCAGCGGAGCCUUCCCCCGCAGCACCUCCUCUGAAUGUAAGUGAAGCCCUGCUGCCUGGAGCCCGGCCCAGUGCACAGGGCAAGAGGAAGAGGAACCAGUCAGUCAGCAACAUGGAGCAGCGCGCCAGCCUGGAGCCACCUGAGGAGGAGGAAGAGGAGAGCCCAGUUGUCAACGGCAACGGGGUGGCCAUCACACCAGAGUCCAGUGAACAUGAGGACAAGAGCACAGAUGCCUCUGGGGAGGUUGCUGUUGAAGCUUCUAUCCAGGCCCCGGCCUCCGUCGAGCCCCACUCCUCCCCCACCGAGGGAGAGGAGGCCCCAAAGUCUCCCUCUGAGUCCCCCGUCAAAGUUCCAGACGCAGAUGAGGAAGAGCUGGGUCCUCUGCCUGACAACUGGGAGAUGGCCUACACUGAGAAGGGGGAGGUCUACUUCAUCGAUCACAAUACCAAAACUACAUCGUGGCUGGAUCCUCGGCUCGCAAAGAAAGCAAAGCCACCGGAAGAAUGCAGGGAAGACGAGCUGCCCUAUGGCUGGGAGAAGAUAGAUGACCCCAUCUAUGGCAGCUACUAUGUAGAUCACAUUAAUCGCAGGACUCAGUUUGAGAACCCGGUCCUGGAAGCCAAGAGACGGCUGGAGCAGCAGAGGCAGAUGCAGAGCCAGGGACUCUCUGCUCUACCGCUGCCCACUAUAUUCAGAGAGAAGCCAUUGUUUACGAGGGAUCCGACCCAGCUGAAGGGCACCUUCCUGUCGACAGCCCUCCAGAAGAGCAACAUGGGAUUUGGCUUCACGAUUAUAGGAGGCGACGAGCCCGACGAGUUCCUGCAAGUUAAGAGCGUAAUACCAGACGGACCCGCCGCUCAGGACGGCAAGAUGGACACAGGCGACGUCAUUGUCUACAUAAACGACAUCUGCGUACUCGGCACCACACACGCUGACGUGGUGAAGCUUUUCCAGUCCGUACCAAUCGGUCAGAGCGUCACCCUCGUGCUCUGUCGUGGCUACCCUCUGCCUUUUGACCCCGAGGACCCAAGUGGCGCAGCGAGCACCUCCCUGACACCCAUUGGCUUGGAGCACCGCCCCUUGGUGGUGAACGGCCGCGGCAGCUACGACCCUUACCUGGAGUAUCUGUCGUUGAGCUCCCAGCUGCCUCCUCAGGCUCUGGCCCAGGCCGGAGCUCCUCACCCUGGUGACACACAUCUGGAUGGCUCAUCACUGCCACCCACCACACCUGGUUCAGCAUCGGCACUCACGCCCCACGAUGACAAUGUGUCCAUGGCCUCUUCGGGGACUGCAGGGGUUGCUGGGGCAACAGCACAAGGGGCAGAGCUUCUGACAGUUACCAUGGUGAAAGGGGCGGAGGGAUUUGGGUUCACCAUUGCCGACAGUCCCACUGGUCAGCGAGUAAAACAGGUGCUGGAGCCGGGCUCACAGGGAGCAUCGGGGUUAAUAGAGGGAGACCUGAUCCUGGAGGUGAACCAGCAGCCAGUGGCUGCAGCUGGACAUGGACGAGUGGUGGAGAUGCUGAAAGAGUGUCCUGUGGGAGCGGAGGCAACACUCCUCAUACAGAGAGCAGGAACAGGCCAUAUCUCUCCGUGGAAGGCCUCCAAACAGUUGCCUGACCAGUGGGACCCACACGGCAGCCCCCAAGCAAACCUGUCUGGCCCGGUUUUACCACCUGGCACACCCUUCCCAAACCAGCCACAGCACCGCACGUCUGUGCCUGACUCCACUGAGGGCUUCGAUCUUAACAAACCUGACCCCUACGACCUUUAUGAGAAGUCAAGGGCCAUCUACGAGAGCCGACGUCCCGAGUAUGAAGAGGUGGAGGUGCACUUGCUGAGGGAGAAGACCGGGUUCGGCUUCCGCAUCCUUGGGGGAGACGAGGCCGUGCAGGCUGUGAGUCCGGACGCCCGUGACAAGAUUGUUAUUGGCGCUAUAAUAGAGAACACUCCUGCUGAGCGCGAUGGGCGGCUUCGACCCGGGGACGAGCUGAUUUCUGUGGAUAAAAAUGUGGUUGCUGGGAAACCACACAAAUACGUAAUAGACUUGAUGCAUGCAGCCGCUCGCAACGGUCAAGUCAGCUUGACUGUGAGAAGGAGGGUGCUAAUGCCUGGUGAACCGUGUCCUGUGAAUGGCCGCAGCCCUGGCUCGGUGUCGACACAACACAGCUCCCCACGUAGCGAUGCAGCCUCGGCUUCGGGCCCUCCGGCGGUCGCCGUCCCCGCUGCCACCUCUCCUCCAGAGGCAUCCGCUCUGCAGACCAGUGAUGUGGUAAUUCACCGCAAGGAGAAUGAGGGCUUCGGCUUCGUCAUCAUCAGCUCCCUGAACAGACCGGAGAAUGCCACCGUCAUCACUGUGCCUCAUAAAAUAGGACGUAUCAUCGAGGGCAGCCCUGCCGACCGAUGUGGCAAGCUGAAGGUGGGUGACCGGAUCCUCGCUGUGAACGGACAGUCCAUCAUCAGCAUGCCGCACGCAGACAUUGUCAAGCUCAUUAAAGAUGCUGGGCUAACAGUCACACUGCACAUCAUACCAGAGGAGGGUUCCCAUUCUGGCCCCAGCUCAGAGAAGCAGAGCCCCAUGACCCAGAAACACAGCCCCCAGACCCAGCCCAGCCCUGUAGCCCAGCCAGGCCAAGGAGGCACCCUGCCUGGCCAAACGGCCACUCAGACAGGUCAAGCACCUGCCCAGACUGGCCAGACACCAGCUCAGACAUGCCAAACAGUGACUGGCCCUCCUGCACCAGCAGCCUCCCAGCCUGCACCAGCUGGAACCCAGCAGAGCCCAGUAACUCAGCCCUCCGGCCUCCCUCCACAGCUCUACCUCCACGACGGCAGGUCAGAGGUAAAAGCCAGACAGGACGUCAAACCUGACUUCCGCCAUCCUCCAUUCACUGAUUACAGGCAGCCUCCUGUAGACUAUCGUCACCCACCGGUUACUGAUUAUCGACAGCCCCCGACGCUGGACUACAGACACCCACCUGGUCUGCUGGACUUCAGACAGCACCCUGCAGCUGCACAGUUCCCUCUGGGGAUCCCUGCUGACUUCAGACCACAGGAUUUUGAUUACUUCACGGUGGAGCUGGAGAAAAGCACAAAGGGUUUUGGCUUCAGUAUCCGCGGGGGCAGAGAGUACAAGAUGGACCUAUUUGUGUUGCGCCUUGCUGAGGAUGGUCCUGCAAUACGUAAUGGAAGAAUGAGGGUAGGGGAUCAGAUCAUAGAGAUUAACGGGGACAGCACUCGGGACAUGACUCACGCCCGCGCCAUUGAACUCAUCAAGGCGGGAGGCAGGCGGGUCAGGCUGCUGCUAAAGCGAGGCACAGGACAGGUGCCAGAAUAUGACUGUGCCGGCCCCUGGGAUUCCCUUUCUACAACCCACUCUGCCCUGCAGGAAGUGACCCUCGAAACCCACCAGAAUCCAUUGCUCUCAUCCCAUCCAGCCUCAGCCCCAGACUCCCCUCAUCAGCUCCCUCUAGAGGCCACAGUGUGCAUGGCAGACAAAGCUCCACAGCUGACAGACCACAGCUCCAUUAGAGGGGCUACAGGUGGCAGGUCCACCCAGCAGAAGUGCAUCACCAGGGGGCAGGGAACCCCUCAGGGAUCUGGAGAGGUGGACUGUGGACCAGGCGACAGACAGCCUCGGGCUUUGCCUCCCAAAGCUGUCCUGGGGAGGUCUGUUGAAAGAAGAGAAAGGCAGAGGGACACUUGCUCCCCCUGCUGUGAGAGAAAGGGCCUGCACACACAGGCGAUGAGCACUGUCUGGCCCUGGGACCCGUAUGUGAGUGUGAAUUUUAAUGGAGCCUCUCUAGGCAGUGGAGACGGACAUGUCAGCCUCCAGGAGAGGUUGGUGUCCAGAGGUCUGUUCCCCAGAGAAGAUGAGAGGGCCAGUGGCCACAGUGGGCUCUGCUGCCCCUCUAAAACCAUGGAAGAUCCUCCUCCGAGGAGCGCAGCAGCCUCCCCUGGGCCCUGGAACGUCCCUGGGUCUGACAAACUGCCUGGCACCCUGAGGUCCUGGACCUCCACAGUAAGCAGGUAGAAUGGAUCUUGCUGGUUUGGACCGGAUCACAUUGUCUGGCUCCUCAUUCAGUUCACCAUCGGAUGUCUGAGAAAAACAGUUAAUCUCCCUCGCCCCUCUCUUUCUGUCCCGUUUUCUUCUCCAUCUACUUCUGAGAUCAUAUUUUAUGUUUCAUUUGUUCUUACAAGAGAAUUAUUACACCCACCACCUUAAAAACAGAGGAACUUUCACAGCUAUUGUAACAUACAGUAUAAAACUGAUGGGGACUGCUCAAUAUGUAGGCAUUUUGGACCCUCAGAAGCCACAGUUAAUGUUCUAAUCACAGAUGGAGCAACGAUGUCUGAUUCUGAGUGGAGCUGUUUUUUCGACGCGUACCUUUAACUGCUCGACCGAAUCUGGCUCAGAUUGGUUAGUGCAACGUAAGCUUAGAUGGGAGAGAGACAUAUGCACAUCCAAGAGAUUUACUUUUGCUCCAUUUUCUCUGAGUGGGAAGAGUGAGACUACAAAUCUGUCAAAGAGGGAAGCUGAGACACUGAUAUUCCUGGAGGACAUGGCACUGACCCAAGUGACAGCCUGGUUAACCCGACAUAUGUUAGAUCUCACAUGCCUACCAAUAUAUCAUAUACUGUAAAUGUAAAGAUGUGAAAAAUAUGUACAUUUGGUAAUCUCAAAAACAUACCUGUUGGUGUUUUUUUUGAGGCAGUGUUGUAGUUAGAUACAUUAUAAAGAAAAGACUAAAAAAAAAACAACAGAACAGUAUUUUAGGAUGACUAUUUCCAUGGCCUCGUCUAUAACUACAUAUCAAAGACUGUGCAAGUCACCAAACCCAGACCACUGAGAGAGGUAGUGGUCGUGUGCAUGGAUAUAAACCACCAUGUCAUUAUACAGGGACUCACGUCUUUUAGAGGUAGAAUAUAGAGAGGAUAUCCUCUGUGGAGCUGACCAGUUGGUACUCAUGUGAGUCAAAAAAUAUCUUUUUUUUUUUUUUCCUCCCCAUCAAAUUGAACUUUUGAGUGACUGAAAACAGUUGGCUUAGUAAGGACUCAUAAUACUGUUCUGAGUUAUGUACACAACUUGAUCACAACUCAACCAUGCAGUCAUUGUGCAGAAUUAUAAGCUGUGUUGUAUUCAUUUAAAUUCUCAACGGAAGGGAUUUUGUCCUGUCUGUAUUUCCCAUUUCUAUGCCUUUUACUGUGCUAAGUGUACCACAUCACUGUGGGAGAGGGGCAUCGGUGUUGGGGAAGGGGAGGCCGAUGGUUAUGAGGUGGGGCGGAGUGCCUUACUCAAACUAAUGCAGAGCUGUUGUGAUUUGUUUUGGGAACUGAAUGCAAAACAGAUGUUCGUGACCAAGCGCACAUAUCAGUUGUGGAGCCUGUUUUCUUCGGACUUAACACCGAGCAGUAUAUACGGUUAUCUUGAUGCACUCAGCUGUAUAGUUUAUCAAUGUCAAUGAUUGCCCUUUGUCCCCUAAGUUCUUAAAAGGGGAUCAAAUGUAGCCUGUAGCAUUACAUCCUCUUCUUAGAGAGUCGAGCAGUGAAAGUUUAUCCAGACUGGGUCAUUAUCAAAGUGGAGGCUCAUUUCAGCUUUAUUUGUCUGUUCCUGUGUUGCAUAGUUGCAGGAAGAACCAGUGCUCGCUGAAUCUGGACCCCAAGACUUUAGACGAUCUGCGAAACACAAAAACGCAUUGAAAACGUGCGUUUGAUCAUAAAGUUUUGUUACCGGCAGAGUCGAGGCAUGCUGCUAUUAAACCAAGACACCCAGAGAUGAAGUCACUGUCCUCCUGCAUUUCUCCAUUUGUCAUCCAUUUCUCUCCACAAGAUGUUUGAUGAUUCAUUUUUAAUGAGAGCAGAGCUUUUGGAGGAGCAAGAUGAGUUUAAAAAAAAAAAAAAAUCACAAUGCAAUGUCAUUAUUUGACUGAAUGCAGCACGAUGGCACAUUCAAGCUUGUGAACUGGUAUAUUAGUCCUACUGGUAAACUGCUUUUAGUGAGACAAUGCACCUGCAGACUGGGACACUGAUAAGACCUUGUGCAUAAAGCAUCAUCAAGACGGAUUUUGACCCUUAGUGGUUUCUGAGUAAAAACGUGGUCUGGAUGUUUCUGAGCUGACUGUGGUUCACGUGAAUGAACUGGUUAACACGUUAACAAGGAGCAUGACAACAUGCCUUUGGGCUGUAGAAAUGUGUUUACUGUAUGUACAAAUGUCAAAGUUCAGAAAAGGUGAAAGAAUAUGUCAUCAAGCCCUCUGUCUCCGUCCAGGCUGUCCCCCUGCCUGCUGUGAGUGAUUUUGUAUACAGAAACAAAAAACUGCUUUAUUGGAACCUGUGAAGGAUGGCACGUUCAUAAAUCCCCAUUGAGAUCAAGUAUAACUGUGUAGUGUUAAUUGUGUACUAUUCACCUUGUACAGCUGUAUUCCUACAAAUAUGGUUUACUGUAUCAUUGAUACUGUAGUUUCAAAGACGUGAACAACUAUUUUUAUGAAAUGCGACAGUACUGAUAUAUUACAUUUUGCUAAAAAACAAAAAACUUGUUUACUGAAAGAUAUUCUGAAAUACUGUCAAAUAAACUCUUGACAUGGUGUAAAAUA